CCCCCGGGCCGGAACCCCCGCGGGGGACAGAAAGUAGCUAAGCAGAAGGGGUUCCUUCACCGAAACCCACCAGGACGGUCCGCGGCAGAUAGGGACUUCUCGACCCAGAAAGGGGGAGCCCCGUCUGCCGCAUCGGUCCCUCCGAUGGAGGAUCUCGGCCCCGGACACGCUGACGCACAGCGGCUUCCGGACCCGGAUUGCCCCCAGGAAUCUGAUCAGAAAUGUUCGCCAGCGGCCAACAGUCGACAGACCCCAACCGGAACCGGAGUCGACAAGGGACUCCGGGGUUCCGACACCCGAGGCGAUGCCGCGGAUGCUCGAGCCCACCGGGGGUUGAAGGGCCCAUCGGGUUCAUCCGAUGGGCACCCCUUAACCGCGCAUGGAAGGCUCUAUCCCGACAUGGAAAACGAAGGGCAAAGCGUGGGCUUCGACACCGCCGCUGGGGAGUUUCGCGAGGUUCACGGCCGGGGCCGACCGAGCAACCAGUUCACGAACCAAACCCGUCUGCGGGGUUGA